AUGGCCGAGGGCGGCGGGGAGGUGGCGGUGGCCGUGGCGGUGGCGGCCUCGGGGGCGGCCAACGGCCUCAGCCAUGCGGCUGGCGCGGCCUCGGCGCAGCUCAACAACCCGCUGUCCCGUAAGCUGCAGAAGGUCCUGGAGACGCGGCUGGAUAACGACAAGGAGAUGUUAGAAGCUCUCAAGGCACUUUCAGCCUUUUUUGUUGAAAAUAGUUUGCGGACUCGAAGAAAUUUACGUGGAGAUAUUGAACGCAGAAGUUUAUCCAUCAAUGAGGAAUUUGUAAGCAUUUUCAAGGAAGUGAAGGAGGAACUUGAAAGCAUAAAUGAAGAUGUUCAGGCAAUGAGCAGCUGUUGUCAAGAUAUGACAAGUCGCUUGCAGGCAGCAAAGGAACAAACUCAAGAUUUAAUAGUAAAAACCACUAAGCUUCAAGCUGAAAGCCAAAGACUGGAGACAAGAGCACAAGUAGCAGAUGCCUUUUUAUCCAAGUUCCAACUGACGUCUGAUGAGAUGAGUCUUCUGCGAGGCACAGGAGAAGGUCCCAUUACUGAGGAUUUUUUCAAGGCAUUAGGAAGAGUAAAACAAAUUCAUAAUGAUGUCAAAGUUCUCUUGCGUACGAACCAACAAACAGCAGGUUUGGAAAUUAUGGAACAAAUGGCCUUGCUUCAAGAAACAGCUUAUGAAAGACUUUACCGAUGGGCUCAGAGUGAAUGCCGAACAUUGACACAAGAAUCAUGUGAUAUAUCUCCAGUAUUAGCUCAGGCUAUGGAAGCACUACAGGAUAGACCUGUCUUAUAUAAGUACACCUUAGAUGAAUUUGGAACAGCCAGACGAAGCACUGUUGUUCGAGGGUUUAUUGAUGCUCUUACAAGAGGAGGCCCAGGAGGUACACCAAGGCCCAUUGAAAUGCACUCCCAUGACCCUCUGAGGUAUGUGGGAGAUAUGCUGGCAUGGCUCCACCAGGCUACUGCUUCUGAAAAGGAACACCUGGAAGCUGUCUUGAAGCUUGUGACCGCACAGGGUGUUGAAGAAAAUAUCCAAGAGGUUGUUGGUCAUAUCACUGAGGGUGUGUGCAGGCCUCUAAAGGUUCGAAUUGAACAAGUAAUACUUGCUGAACCCGGGGCAGUUUUAUUAUAUAAAAUUUCCAAUCUCCUCAAAUUUUACCACCACACAAUCAGUGGCAUCGUUGGAAACAGUGCAGACACUCUGUUGACUACCACUGAAGAGAUGCAUUUGCUAAGCAAAAAGAUAUUCUUCAACAGUUUGAGUCUUCAUGCAAGUAAAUUAAUGGACAAGGUUGAACUCCCUCCACCUGAUCUUGGACCCAGUUCUGCACUGAAUCAGACCCUCACAUUGCUCCGGGAAGUUCUGGCAUCUCAUGAUUCUUCAGUCGUCCCAUUGGAUGCUCGUCAGGCUGACUUUGUUCAGGUUUUAUCAUGUGUCUUGGAUCCUCUCCUCCAAAUGUGUACUGUGUCAGCCAGCAAUUUAGGCACAGCUGACAUGGCCACAUUCAUGGUCAAUUCACUCUAUAUGAUGAAGACUACAUUGGCUCUCUUUGAGUUCACUGACAGGCGCCUGGAAAUGCUACAGUUUCAGAUUGAAGCACACUUAGACACUCUCAUCAAUGAGCAAGCCUCCUAUGUUUUAACUAGAGUCGGCUUGAGUUACAUCUACAACACUGUCCAGCAACAUAAACCUGACCAGGGGCCUUUAUCUAAUUUUCCCAACCUCGAUUCCAUGGCACUGCAAGCUGCAAUGGUGCAGUUUGACCGUUACCUUUCAGCCCCAGACAGCCUGCUUAUGCCACAGCUGAACCUCCUCCUAAGCACCACAGUGAAGGAGCAGAUCGUGAGACAGUCUACCGAGCUGGUCUGCAGGGCCUAUGGUGAAGUGCACGCAGCCGUGAUGGAUCCUGCCAAUGGAUACAGAGAUCCAGAGAGCAUUCUGCACAGGUCACCCCAGCAAGUGCAGACACUGCUGUCCUGAUAGCCUUGUUAGUUAGCAGAAUACUGCUUUUCUCCAAGACUGAGGGGUUGGGGUCUUAGUCUGUGAGUCUUUACUUUGAGCUUUGAGAAUUGCAGUUUUCUUUGUAUCAUAAGAGUGUACAUCCCAGUAAUUUCUCUUACUCUCAAUUAUAUGGAAAUAAAUCUGAGCUAAGUUAAUGUGA